AUGAAAUCCAAGCAAUUAAACCCAAAAUCUGUUCGACCAUUAUCAACAAAUAGUACAUCAAAUAGUGUAAAUAAACAGCGUGCACGUUGUUCAUUAUGUGAUUCAUUACUUAAAUCUUCAACUAAUCAUCGAUAUUUUUUAACCGGUAAAUCUGCUCAUGAUAAUUUAGAUAAAGAUAUAACGUACGGUGAAUGUUGUCAACGAUAUUUAAAUGGUGUCUAUGAAUCAGAUAAAUUACAAAUGAUUUGUUUAAAAUGUUGUCAAAAUUUACAAAAAAUUAACUCAUUAUAUAAAGAUGCUGAAGAAUUGAAAGAAAAAAUUCGUCAUACUUGGUAUAAAACUAAACGUUUAAAUCGAGCCCGACACCCACGUUCGACUUUUUCACGAAUUAAUGAAAAUGAUUCAUCUUCUCCUUCCUUUCCAACAAUAGCUACUGAUAAUAAUAUUAUUAUAUCAAUUAAAAAAGAACUUGAUGUUGAUGAAGUACCAUCUGAGAUAAAAAUAACUGAAGAACAACCAUCAUCUGCUAUAUCUAAAACUGUUGCAAAAUCUUCCUAUGAUCUGUCAAAUAAUCAACCGACAAAUAAAAAAUUAAAUUCUCUAAGUAUUCCUCAUCAACUAAGUGACAUGAAUCAUGAUAGAAUAAAUGUACCUAAAGCAAAAUCACGUAUUCAAAAACAAACACAACCUUCAUCAAAAAAACCAACGAAUAAUUCAUAUGCACGAAAAAAAUCUCAUUUAGUCACUGACUCUCCAUCUGUUCUACCUACACAAAUAUCUCGGUCAAUCAUACCCAAUGAACAAGAAUACUAUCCAAAUUACUUGUAUUCAUCAACUAACAACAAUCCUACCGCAUCAUCAUAUGCUCAACUCAUGAUUGAAUCACCAUCUCCAUCAUCAUCAUCGUCAUCUCAUCAACAACAACAACAACCACAAAUAGAAAAAUUACGACGUGAUAGUUCAGAUAGUGAACAACAACCAUCGUCAGCUAUUAAUUAUGAGCAAUCUUUAGAUGGUGAUCGAUCAUUUUCACCGCCAACGAAUGAUGAUGAAGCUUCAUCAACAAAUGGAUCAAAAUCCACACGUUUAAGUCGUCGACAAUAUGAUUUUUUAGUUAAAUUACCUGAUCAACAAUCAUUAAAUGCUUUUAUUGAAACUUCAUCAGCAGAAUCUGGUUCACGUUGGACAUGGCGUCGAACAUCAGCAAAUUCACGAGGUUAUAAAGUAUAUUAUGUAUGUAAUUUUUCUAUGCGUCGUCAUUACCAUCCAUGCCCAGCAGCAAUGUAUGCACUCUUUCAUCCCGAAGGUAGCAUAUCAAUUUACUCAUGUGGACAACAUCAACAUAUUCCAAAAGAUCGAUUACCAGUAAGUAUUACUGAUGCAACGAAAGAUGAAAUAUUUAAAUGUCUACAAGCGGGUAUGGCAACAACAGAGAUUCGUGAACAUUUAACUCGUAAACAAUUACCAUUUGGUGAUACAAGAAAAUUAAAUAAUUUUAUUAAAUAUCAUAAAGAAUUAUUACGUUUUGGUACAGUAACAAAUGUUCGAAUAGGUGGAACUGCUUAUCGUCAACCACAAUGUUGGGCUAUCCGUCGACAACCAUCAGCACCACCAUCAAUGCCUGCACCAGUAACAGCCAGUGAUAAUAGUACAGCAACAACAACAACAACAUCGUAA